AUGAAAAAUUAUAAUUACGGUUUAUUUGCAUUGCUGCUGUUUGGUUUUGUGUCGUUUUCCGAAGGCAAACCAUGUCCGGGGAAAACACGACCACAUAAAACCCGCUGCGAUGCCUAUUACAAAUGUACCGAAAUAACGGAACAAAAACAUGUCUGGGUGCCGGCUAAAUGCGAAGAAGGGCUGAUCUAUGAACACGCAUUGGGCGUGUGUGUUCUGCCAGCCGAUGAUUGGGAAUGUGGUCUGAAUGCUACAAAUGAAGUGACUCCCAAAACCCCACCACGCACGAAACAAAGCACAUCGAAUCGAAAUAGAGAUGCGGAUUUUUAUGUUGUCACCAAUGCUAAAGAAGAAUUCGAAGGCGAACAUAAAAAUGAUAAAUACGAUGAUGGCAAAGUGGAAAUUGUCAUAGGUUCGGGUGUGAGCAGUGAGGAGGAGGGAGAUGGCCGAGAUGAACUCUAUGAUGGUAGUGGUAAUGGUGCUAAUGGUGAACUUGUCGAAUUGGAUGAUUUGAUACAUGUGGAAAAUCGUGAGGGAAAUGAUGAGGUGGUUAUGAUUAAGGAAAAAGAGCCAGAGGGUGGAGAGGAAGGAAAUAAGCAGGAAACGAUAAAAACCAAGGCGGAAAUUGGCCAACCCUCAAGUAAUAUUGAUCCCAAUUUGACGGCCCAUUUGCAGAGAUUGUCACAAUUGGUGGAAGGCCUGAAGCAGACCUAUCAAAAUGGUGAAACCCCUACGAAAGAUUUAAGGCCGGAUCAAUUGAAUGCCUUUUUGGCCCAUUUCAAUAUUAAAAAUAAAGUUGACACCGUGGAGGGGAAUGCUGGGGAAAAGGAUGAAAUUGUCCCGGUAAUUGUGGGAGCGACAAACAAGACCUCAAGUGGCAAAAAGGAAGGGACAAAGAAAUUAAAUCCCGAAACCAAGGUGGUGCUAAGCAAUAUUAUACCGAAACGCUAUUCAAAUCUGCAACAUUCCGCAGGUGAGGGAGGUUAUUCCAAUUCCCAAAUUGUGGUAAAUCGACCCGAGGGAGCGGUAUUGUUUGCCUUACCACCAUCGUCGUCCUCCUCUUCACAGGGAGAAAAUCAUUUCAUAGAACGUCCUGAAUAUUCCUCAGACAAUUCUCCAAAGAUUUCCGAGGACACCUUGAAGACCGUCUUGGAACUGUCGAAGCAAAUGAUUGCCUCUCAAAAUAUACCCAGUGUUAUACGCAAUCCUGCCUAUUAUCCUCCGCCCAUUAUGCAACCUAUUGUUCUGACCCAAAGUCCAUUUUCAGAUUAUUAUGGAGCCAGGCCGCCGCCUCUACAUCAUGAGGACAAUUCCGAAGAUGGUGGUGGAGGAUAUUCAAGUAAACCACACGACAGCUCACCCACAACAAUCAUUCACAAUAAUGUCAUACCGCUGCAUUUAACAUCGUCGGGAGGUGGAUCCUCUGUGGAUAAAUUGGAUAGUUACGGGCAAAGUUUAAAUUUAUAUCCACCAAUUGAUUCUGGUAAACCGGUUUAUGAAAAUAAUAAAUAUACGAUACGUACCACCCGCAGACCUUCGGGUACAACAACUACAGCUACGCCCUCAAAUUAUGGUCAUACCAUAAGGCCUAAUGAUUUCCAUCCCACUUCACAUACCUUUAAUAAAUAUUUUACACCCAGCGAACAUCUGAAUAAUCACAAUGUGAAUAAUAUUUUCCAGACUACAGAUAAUUAUGGAAAUUUAUUGCCACAGGGGGGACGCCCAUCGUCUCAGCAAUCGCAAUCAGGCUCCUCUUCCUAUACAGAUGAAGAUAAUGGUAAUAACUAUGGCGCCCAAUAUCCCAGUGGCAAUUCAAAUCAGGAUUAUGGACAACAGAUGUUUACCGAGGAUCAUGUCCAGCAACAUCAACCCCAAUAUCCGAAUACCGUCGAUGAGGAUGAUGCCGAUAUGAUAACCUAUAGUUUUGGUAACCCAAAGCCCUCGCAUACCGAUGCUAAUCUGCAAAUGCAACAAUAUCCGGCCUCACAAUCGGUAUUCAGCACAAACAACAACAAUCAUUAUAUGCCAAGGCCCUCGGGAUCCUCAUCUUCAAAUAAUAUGAUGUUCAAUCCCUCGGGAAAUUCCUAUAACCCAUCAUCACAAUCAUCGGCGAACUCCUACAACCCUUUGAACGGCAGCAGCAACAAAUUUCCAAUAUCCUCUUCGAACUCCCACAAAGGUGGCGCCCAACUAGUCAAUAUUGGUGGCAAUUUCAUUAGUGUUGAUGCUUUCCAAAAUUCCAUAUUACCCCUGAUGGGUGGUAAUGCACAAGCGGCCAAUGUGGAGGUCAUUACCUGUGCCGCCGGGGUACGGCAACCCAAUAGCACCGAUUGUACCCGCUACUAUGUGUGCAGCAAAAAAGAUGGCAAGGUUUUAUCCUAUUCCUGUCCCCCCUACACAGCUUUUAAUGCCGAGACCCGCAUUUGUGAUGCCCGCACUUAUGCCAUGUGCAAUCCCGAAAACGAUCUACAACCCAACUAUUCGGUAAACGAAAAUAAACGCCUGCAAAUGGAGGCCCUAAAAGCCAUGCAAGAGGCUAAACGUAAACAGGCCAUGCAACAACAACAAAUGCAACAGCAGCAACAACAAUUGGCCAGCAUCCUACAACAAUACACGAUGCAGCAGAAUUCUCCCUCGGCCAUGGCCAUGGGAAAUAAUAACCAAAUGCUAAAUACCGGUUACUCACCACCCACGGGAACCAGUGAUGAGCAAAAUAUGCUGCAAUCAUUUAUGCAACAACAGCAGCAGCAACAACAACAAAACUCGUUAUCCCUAAUGCCCAGCACCACGGCCCGGCCACAACAACUAACUCCAACAAAAACCAAAAAACGCAAAUACUAUUGCAAGGAAGGUGAUAAAAUACCCGAUCAAACCUCAAUUAGCAGCUAUUUUGUUUGCUAUAAAAAUGCCCAAGGCCAAAUGAAGGGCCACAAAAUGACCUGCUCGAAGGGAUUGCUGUUCUGUCCCAAAACCACCAUGUGUACCUUGCCAUCGAAAUGUUCAUAA